AUGACAUCAGCAUCACGCCAACAGCCAGGCCUGGCGUGCGAGGAAUGCCGCAAGAGAAAGCUGCGAUGUGAUAGGCAGCAGCCUCAAUGUGAUCAAUGCGAAGACUCAGGAGCUAUUUGUUAUGUGAAUCAGGAUCGGUCUCCACGAGGUCCCAAAAGGGGACAUUUAAAGGCUUUACGCAGUCGUAUUGGUUUGUGCCCCACAUACACCUUCUCUGCACCAAAGUCACUAAUAGCUCGUCCAGCAACACUUGAAAGUCUUGUCAAUCGUGAUCAAGUAGGCCUUGAUAUCAAUACACAAUACAUAUCCAACGUUGAAGAGGGUCAGUUCCCUACUCCGCCAGAGAGUACGAUUGAUAGCGCAAAGAGGGAGUCCCGCAGUAUGUCUCGCUCUGUGGAGGAAUCACCUCCAAAUACUAUGUACUUUGCGUCCACUUUACCUCCAGAGCUUGGGAUUUCUGGUAUAAUCGAGUCUGACCUAGACCAGCUCUACUUUGAUAGAGUGCAUCCUGUUGCCCCCAUGCUACACCAAGGUCGCUAUCUAGCUUGGUCACAGCAAUGCUACAAGGCAGAGCCAUACGCCGGCUUGCAAGCUGCGAUGUGGGCACUGGCUGCAGCAGCAACAGCGCAUCUGCAACAUAUGCGGGAUUCCCUCUAUCUCUGUGCACGUUGCAAGCUUGAGGCGCUUGACAACCAGACUGACUGUGCAAGCUCUGCUUCUUUGCAGGCUGCGCAAGGCUGGCUUCUAGUUACCCACUACGAGUUCCGAUACAUGAACUAUAGUCGAGCUUGGAUCACUGCUGGACGAGCCUUUCGAAUCAUCCAACUGAUGAAGCUAUAUGAGAUAGAUCGCUACCACACAACGGCACUUGAUUUAUCUUUUGCUGAACCCUGGACUGAGAUAGAAGAGAAGCGUCGAACUUUCUGGUUGGCAUUUUGUUUAGAUCGGCUCCUCAACAUUUCAGACCAAUGGCCUUUAACUCUGCAUGAAGAACCUGUUUGGAUAUUUCUUCCAGCACCCGAAUCCGAUUUCCAGCACAGUAGACCAGUCUUGAUGGGAUCCAUAUCAGACGCCAUUGAAACAUCGGGACAAAACGUACUACCACCUUUCGGCGAAGCAAUUGUGUUGACAGCCCUAUGCUGGCACAGUAUUAGCCUGAAGCGAAGCCCACUUAUCAACAAAAUCCCCGGACUGAAUCCUGGUAUGGACAUCUGGGAGCACCACAGCCGACUCUACCAAAUAGCGCAGCAACGCUUAAUGCUCCUUUCCCUACCACCAUGUUCGCCAAAGCUUCUCGACCCCAUGCGGCUAUUCACGAACAUGCUAGCAAACUCCGCCAUAAUCUGGAUUUACGGUAUGACGGAAGUCUUCAGAGGGGCAUCAAACGACCAAAGCAUCCUGGUACCUCUGUACUCAGCGUGCGAAAUCGCAAGUCUUGCAAAACCACUUAUCCGUUCCAGUUUCUUCAAGGCACAUGCAUUUUCCCCAAUGUUACUCUUUCUCUCCGCAAAGUUUCUCCGAACACAUGGAGAUCAACUGCGUACAAGUGGCUCUGUGUCGGAGGAUAAAUUUAAUACGCUUGACGAGCUCAAACGAGCACUGCUGGUUCUGCAAAAUGGGAAUAAUCUGGCUAUGAAUUAUUUGGAUCUGCUUGAGUCGGAUUUUUUUGAUGAGUUGGGGGAUUUUCCUUCUGUGCAGGGUAGUCUGUCUGGUGGCACAGGGCAGCAGGGGUCGCCAUGCGUUAUGGAUAUAAUGAAUCUGUUUUAA